CUGGCGAUUGACUGCGAAGAAGGCGCUUUCGACAAUGCGCAUCGUGUGCUCCCGCGAACCAGAUACGACACGCAGAUUGACGCGGAAAACCCGCGACCAGACGAUCGAACGUUCGAAAAAUUAUUUGUGGGUUUGUAUCUGGGAGAGAUGUUCACACUCGUCCUAGUUGAUCUCGUAGACUACGGGUUGAUUAAAGGCCAGAGUACUGUAAAAUUGCGCAAGAGCUACAUGAUACAUACGGGUUUCCUGUCUGACAUCGGAGACGACGAAUCUACCCAGUUUGAGAAAUCGCGCAAUCUGUUCAUCUAUGUACUCAGCCAUGAACCAACAAAUGUUGAAAAUUUCCAUCGCGUCGCAGAACUUAUCGCUGCUCGCGCCGCGCGGUUGUGCGCAUGUGGCGUUACUGCUAUUCGUACCCAAGAAAACAUCUCCAAGGCGAAUGUCGCUGCGGACGGGAGUGUCGUAAACAAGCUUCCAAAGUUCAGAGAGCAGUGGGCCAAGGCAUCGGGUGAGAUUCUAGAUUGGGAGUCGAAGGAGGCAGCGGGCGGUCCGAUCAAGAUCACGAAUGUGGAGAGUGGAAGUGGGGCGGGAUGUGCGAUCAUCGCGGCCAUGGAAUUGGAAAGA